AUGGCCCGGCUGCCCUCCAAACUCCCGGUGUUCUCCAAGAAGAACCUUUCGGCUCGCGUGGUCGUUUCAUAUAUUUUUGACUAUGUUAUCAUCAUUGCCUUUGCCAUUGGAUUCUAUAUCCUAGACCGAAUCGAGCCCUACCACCAGCAUUUUUCGUUGGACAACAAAAGCCUGCAGUACCCGUAUGCCGAACAUGAACGCGUCACGAUCCAAGAAGCACUCAUGAUCUCGAUCCUCUCCCCCAUCGCCAUUAUCGUCGUGUACACGCUGUUGAUCGACGGACUCUUUUCACACCAUAAAUCGCCCUCCGACCACACAAAGCGACGCAAGCUGACGGGGCCCUACCGACUGAAAGAUCGCCUGUGGGAGCUGAAUUGUGGAAUACUGGGCCUGCUGCUUUCGCAAGGUCUGGCUUUUAUAAUCACGCAAACGCUGAAAAAUGCCUGCGGGAAACCUCGUCCGGACCUGAUCGAUCGCUGCCAGCCCGAUGUUGGAAGCCAGGACUUGCCGGUCUUUGGUCUCUCUAAUUCGACCAUCUGCCAUGGUGAUCCGGCCUUGAUCAAGGAUGGAUUCCGCUCUUGGCCGUCUGGUCAUAGUAGCUCCUCCUUUGCUGGUUUAUUCUACAUCUCGUUAUACCUCGGCGGCAAAAUGCACGUCAUGGACAGUCGCGGUGAGGUUUGGAAGACAAUAAUCGUCAUGAUCCCUACUCUCGGGGCCGCCCUGAUCGCCGUCAGCCGCAUCAUGGACGCUCGACACCACCCGUUCGAUGUCAUCACCGGCUCUUUACUUGGAGUCGCCAUGGCGUGGGCGUCGUACCGGCAGUAUUUCCCCCCGCUAUCCGAACCAUGGAAGAAAGGGCGGGCAUACCCGAUCCGAAGCUGGGGCACCGAGCCAACCCGCCACGUUCCCCUGGUGCCGGACGAGGACGACGACGCCGUGCCUUUGCGCAAUACGGAUGAAGAGCAGUUGAACGAUCGUCAACCACGGAUGAUGGAGCAGGGCGUCGUUUCUAUUGACCCUAGCACACACGCGGCGGCGGCACCGGUCAGCGUGUAUAACCGCCGGCGGGACCGCGAUACAUACUCGUCCUCGUCGAGCGAGGAGGACCAUGAGGGAUUUGAGAUGACAGCGUCUCAGUAUGGGCGACGACCAGCCGAGGUGGACUCCUCGUAUCAGCCUUAUGACACUGGCUAUCACUCUGCUGCCAGACCUACCAGUCCGCCGGCUGUGCACAGCGGUCAAGUCAGGCACUUGGCCGGGGAGCUAUGA